AAGUACAUAUGAAAAGCAUUCCAGUGUAAAUACAUAAUAAUAUUAGUUGCACAUACAGACAUGAGAGAAUGGUUAUCGGAAAUGACAAAUCCUCACUAUCUGAAGCUUAUUGAUCUCAGUUAUCUCAUCCAACGAGAAAAAGAUAAGAGUGUCCUACUUCAUCACCACCACCCCACCCAAGCGUGUGCUACAUUUUGGGUGACCAGCUAAAGAGUCGAGAUCAGAGGUACGUUACAGGAGAAAUUCGAAUUUGAGUGAUUUUUACGCUAAUUAAACAGAAGUUGGAAAAUAAUAAGAUCGUGUCAAAAUGGCAAUUUCACAUCACGCGUCCACAUUUGUGAAGCUGUUAAAGCUGCUUAUCAACGUGGUCGUUCUCGUCUUGUACCGCAACGGAGAUGAGGGAUACUUCAUGGGGUCGUCAUACAACAAGAAUCAUGACGCAGAAGCCUUGGCAAGUGGGGUUUUCAUUGGAUUUCUCAUCUACAAUUUUGCCGGAUUGAUUGCUGCUUUUGUCGAUAGCAAAUCGGGGAACCAGUCGAUCACGGAAGGUCUCAUGAAUUUUACUGGGGCUGUUUUAUGGGUGACAACGGGAGGUGUGGUUCUCCAAUUUUGGCUCCGAUUCAUCCCUGCAAACCAUUUCACAGAGACGAAUCCUUCCGCUGUGGGAAUAGCGAUGGGAUGCUUGUGUGUCAUAAAUGCGGCCGUGUACCUUGCAGACACGGUCUUAUCCUAUGCCAACUAUAGGUCACUUGAAUGAACAAUCCAACCUUAAAAUUAUACAUCUUCUUGUCUUCGUUGUGUUAGACGUAAGCUAUAAUAAUUUAUGCUGAAAUUUGUACCAAGUUUUUUGCUAGUCAUGUUAUGACUCAUACUACAUACAAGGUCAGAAACGGAAAUGAUGAGACGUAACAUGAUAUAUACAUACAUUUAUCAUUUUAAGAUUCAGUUUGAAAAUUAUUUAUGUCUUUUACUAAGUUGUUUAUAAUGUAAUUGAAUAAAUAUAUAAGUUUGAUUAAGUCAG